AUGAAAAAAUCAAUUCUCGUCUUCCCAGAGGAACAACAGAUUGAACACGACGGCGCGGUCGACGAUGACGAUAACACGGAAGAAGGGCUCCCGCGGCCCCUUCCCAAGAGCGACUACAAGUCCAUAUACAAAUGGUGGAAUGACGAAUACCGCCUGGUUGCAGUCUGCGUCGUCGGAGCCAUCGUCCUCGGCAUCAUCUUCAAGAAUUACGACGGGCAGCCGACCCCCCAGCUGAUGCAUGGCGACCUCGACUUCGAUGUCAUCAUUGUAGCCAUGUUCACUUGCGUUCGCGUAGCAAUGAGCGGAAUUGUUGAGACCUCCAUUAGCCAAUCUGCCUGGAUCUGGGUCUCCGAAGCCCGGCAACGUCGCACAAAUGACAGCCGAGCCAGACAUCUUGCUUGUAUUGGCGCCUUGAUUGUUAUUAUUGUCCAUGGAUUGGAGGCAUCCUCCCAGCAGCUCUACCGGUAUGAGGGCCAGCCACGACUAAGCCUCGAUAAACCCGAAGUCGCAGCGCCCGAGAGAAGCGAUUUGUAGGACUACACUGUCUCCCGGGGCCUUGACCCGCGUAGGUGGUGAUGCGUCGCUUGACAAAUGUAUCACUCACUAACACGCAGCAGUACCAGCUCUCAACGUAUCCACCAAAGCAGCCAUAUACAGCGGUAUUCUAUCCGUGGAUGUCAAGAACCUUGAUCUCAAGUGCUCCGGUGUGAAUUGCACGUGGCCCAUCGUACCAACACUGGCAGUUUGUGGCGAGUGCAAUCCCCUAGACAUAAGGACUAUGUGUACCGACAAAUCGCAGACGUGCCGGUACAGCUUGCCCAGAGGCACGUCGGUGGAGAUCAGCCGAAAUGCACCGACCACCGAGCGAUUCAAGACGGCAGCAUCGGACGGCAUCAUCCACCGAAUGAACUCGACGACGCAAACAUACAUAUCCGUCUUCGACGUCCUAUGGGUAUUGAAAAGCAAGCGAGAGACGAAAAGUAUUGCUCAGGAAUGCGCCUUGUGGUUCUGCAUGAAGAGCUUCAACUUC